UACAAUAUUUUAAAACUUUAAAACAACAAAAUCAGCGAUAAUAGCUUUGAACAUACAAAUAUUCUUAUUUUACUAACAUGGGUAAAACAUCAGUGAAUGCUGAGUACUCAUAUUUUGUCCCAACUGGUGGUCUUGUUUUUCGGAUUAGAAAUAUGUUAUCACAAUUUUCUGAUUUGUUUAGUGAAUUUAAUAAAUAUAUUGCACCAGCAUAUCAUCAUGAUCGGUGUGAAAGGUCUGUUACUAUGCGUCUUUACAAAAUGCACAAACGUGAAAUGUGUUUAGUGUUUUUGGCGUUUUUUGCUUGCCUUCUACUGACUAUAUUUAUUGGCCUAUCUGGUCCUCCCAUUACUUGGUCAACAGAGAUAAGUGCUAAGGAGUUGACUGUCAAUCAAACAAACAAAAAUAAUGAUUUUUUAGCAACUGGACCAUUUGUCAUAAAAACACCUGUACUCACAACAUAUUCGCAGCAGCUUUGGCUAAUUGCCAAGAUGGAAAUUGAUAACAUAGAUGAUGAAAUAAUCGAUAAGCCCUUUACAAUAUUCGUAACUCUUGAUGGACUAACGGAAAAUCAUACACCUAAACCAUUAAUGACAUCAAAUAGAAAUCGAACUAGACAUUUAAAUUGUAAAAUGACAAAUUGUACGCCAUUUAUUGUUCUUCAUCGUGGUUUUUUAGACUUUUCUCACUAUAUUAUUACAAUACGCUUCCAACUUCAUAAUUUUCAUCAAAGAUACCAUAUAAAUGACAUUAAAUUUUAUUUUAGAACAUAUAAUCCUGCUUUCACACAAAUUGAGAUAUGGUUUAGAUUCAUUUUUCUUUUCUCAGCAUUUGUGACCACAUGUUGGUUUUCUCACACAUUAAGGAAGUAUCCUAUUAGUUAUUGGUCUCUUGAGCAAUUGGGAGUAUAUGUAUUACUACCUUUGCUUAUUCUUUUUGAUAAUCCUUUAUUUCCACUUACAUUUCUUGUGAACUCAUGGCUACCAGGACUUUUAGAUGCCGUUUUCCAAACAACAUUUUUGUGUGGACUACUUUUGUUUUGGUUAUGUGUUUAUCAUGGUUUAAGACAAAACGAGAGAAGUUUCUUAAAAUUUUAUCUUCCAAAGAUUAUUGUGGUCCUUCCACUUUGGGUUUGUGCAAUCAAUUUGGCAUGUCAGGAAAAAAUUAAAGAACUUCAAGACCCAACAUACAGUCAUUCUUUGGAUAAUAUUAAUUAUAACAGUUUCCAGACACUAUUAUGUAUAUCAGGACUCUCAUAUGUUAUUUACUUAUUUAUACUUAUUCUAAAGUCCUAUAGUGAACUCAGAUCUAUGCCGUAUUUCGAUCUUCGCCUAAAGUUUUUGACCGUCUUCAUGAUGUUUGUCAUCGUUAUAUCAACUUUAGUAACGAUGGGUAAUUUUGGCUUUGGCUUACUUGAAGACAGUUUUAUUUCUGAUCUCAACACCACUUACAAAAGUUCAGCCAAAUUUAUGUGCUUUUAUGGUCUUUUAAAUUUUUAUUUGUACACUCAUGCAUACGUAUACAGUCCUGACGAACAGAUGCAGAUUGAACGUUCUAUUACGAAAGAUAACCCAGCUUUUUCAAUGAUAAACGAUAGUGACUCUGAAGUUGGAAACUAUGACGAUGUUAGGAAACCUUUGAACAAAAAUGAUUAUGACAGUGAUUAA